UUGGUCUCACUCUUUUUCUGUCGCUCUCAUAUUAGUCUUGUCUGUGUCUCCACCGUUGACCAGUUACUGGUGGCUCUCCUCUCAGCUUUUUAUUGCAGUCUUCACUGAUCACACAAGUGCUUCAUUGGACUAAAAGUAACCAUUGUCUUAUUGUGAUCCCAGACUGAAAGGGAGGACACCUGCUUUUCCAAAGGAUCAUUUCUGCCAGGAGUUGGGAACAAGUGUCUGGAUCUCUGCUUGGAAUAUCUCCUCUACACUGGACCUUGCCUUUUGGAUACCAAUAUAACCGGUGUCCAUUCCCUACCAUAGCAGUCUGUCUGAGUGUGUAUACGUGUGAGUGGGGUUGAAUCUGUGAGUGUGUGUGUGGGGGACAAAGAGGCAACAAGCUGCAGUCCUGGACUUCUGCAGUGAUUCCAGGUUAAUUCCUCAUUAGUUGGCCCAGUCUUGGCUGUUAAUAUGGCAUCGUUGAGAAGUUUCAUUCUUGCGCUUUUGCUGGCGCUGCUUUGCUCCUUCCACACCCCUCUGGCUCCCUCUGUCAAAGCGCAGGAUCUGCCAUUCCAUUCUGAGCAUGGCCUGAUGGCUGAUGAUGAUGAUGAUGACGACGACGAUGAUGAUGAUGAUGGAGAUGAUGAUGAUGAUGAUGACGACGAUGAUGAUGACGACGAUGAUGAUGACGAUGACGACGACGACGACGAUGAUGACGACGAUGAUGAUGACGAUGAUGAUGAUGACGAUGAUGAUGAUGACGACGAUGACGACGAUGAUGACGAUGACGACGACGAUGACGACGACGACGACGAUGAUGACGACGAUGAUGAUGAUGACGAUGAUGAUGAUGACGACGAUGAUGAUGACGACGACGACGAUGAUGAUGAUGACGACGACGACGAUGACGACGACGAUGAUGAUGAUGACGACGAUGAUGAUGACGAUGAUGAUGAUGAUGACGACGACGAUGACGAUGACGACGAUGAUGAUGACGAUGAUGAUGAUGAUGAUGAUGAUGACGACGACGAUGAUGAUGACGAUGAUGAUGAUGAUGACGACGACGAUGAUGAUCAUGAAGAUGAUGAUGAUGACGACGAUGAUGAAGAUGAUGAAUAUCACACGGGGUCUCUGUGCUCCCUCUGUGAAUUCUGUGAGCAUUGUGAUGAAUGUGAUAAAUGUCCUUGUGAUGAAGGAGAUAAGUCGGAACACUGUGAUGACUGCAACAUGUGCAAGUUCUGCCAUGUGUGUCCUGUUUGCGAAACGGUUUGUAAGCCUGGAGGUUUUAUUGAUGAAGUAACAGGUUCAAUCUACAAGACUGUAGCCGAUGUCUUUGAUGAUGAAGAUGACGACAACUAAAACCCAACCAUAUGUUGCCACCAUGUGGCCAAAGUACCUAAUGUUUCACCUUCCCUUCAGAUUUUCAUUGUCAUUUUUGUCUUUUUCCUUGAGAAUAUUGAGAAUACAUUUGCUCACAGAUGAUUCAAUAGAAAUUUUUAAAAUAAUAACUUAAUAUAUUUGUGUAUUGUUAUCUGACAACUUGUACUUUUACGGAAAAAUAUAUAUUUAAAGUCAUAUUUGUUCUAUUCAAAUGCAAAGGGACAUGUCAAAUAAAAGAAGAGGAGAUAUUUUCUUUUUUUUUUAAUUUAUUGAUUUGACCCAGCUGCAAUUUUACUUUAAUAUAAAUACAGUAUUUUAUAACUCAAUUUCCUUGACACCAACACAAGCAGAAAUAAUCCAGCAGAGGGUACUACAUCUUAUCAUUAAUAACAUACGGAACCUUCAUAUUCAAAUAUACUGUGACACACCUUAAAGCCGCAGUGGUUUAUAGCUUUUUGGCAUUAUUGGGCAAAAAUCUCUAAAUGACCUUUCAGAAUACUGUUGUUCAAGUGGCCUGAGAGCAAAAUGAAUUAUACUUCUAUCUCUGGAUUCUGUUCUCAGAAUGGAGUUUCCCUGAGUUUGCAUGGUUCUCCAGGUAUGUCAGCUUCCUCCCACAGUCCACAGACAUGCACCACAGUAGGUUAACUGUCAGGUGUGAAUGUGAGAGUGAAUGAGUGCAUUUUAUAUGUCAAAUAUGAACUGUAAACUGGCAGUCUGUCUAAUGUGUGUCCCAGCGUUGUCAGAACUGGGUAAAUCAUUGCAUUCUGUAAAUAAAAACAGAAGGAAGUUGAAGGAGCACCAUGCAACUAAUUAGGUGCAUUGGAAACAGGUCAGUAACAUGACUGGGUAUAAAAGGAGAAUCUUAGACAGAAUCUUCUAGAAGUAAAAUGGGGAGGUAACCAAUCUGCAAAAAAAAAAUUGCAUCUACAAAUUGUGGAACAAUUUCAAAAUAAUGUUCCUCGGCAUAAAAUUGAAAAGAUUUUAAAUAUCUACUUAUGUACAGUACAUAGAAUAAUCAAAAGAUAUCAAGUAUCUGGGGAAACCUGUGUGCAAGGAACAAGAUCAUGGGCAUCAAGUCAGCCUUGGAUGACCACACUGCAAAAAUCAAAAUCUUACCAAGUGUAUUUUUCUCAUUCCUGGUCAAAAUAUCUCAUCACAGUUAAAAUAAGGCAUAAUCACCUAAAGAUUACCUUGUAAGUGAGAUAU